AUGCUGUCACUGGGCCGAGGCAUCCUGGAGCUUGCGAGGCUCCAGCCACUGCCCUGCCGGCUCCCGGGGUUCGAGCGACCGCGACGACGGGCCAGCAGUGAUGGGCGCGAUCAGCGAGCGCGCGCCCAUCGACGGCGCGAGAGGUGGCAGCGCCCAUCGCUGCCCUUCGCGGCGCGCCAGCGCGACGCUGCAGUUCGGGAUCAUAUCGGGCGGCCUGGGCGCAGACCCUUUUGCUGCCAGGAUGGGGAUCCCUGCCCCGGCGCGCAGGCGGUAGACGUCGUUCGACGUAAAGUACGUGCCGCCGUCCUGAACAGAACAUGGCAAGGCCCCGACCUGAACGCUGCGCCAGACGGCGUGCUGCAGGCCGAAGAGCCCGCCAGCGGCGCCGGACAGGCAGUGGAGCUGGAGCUGGAGCCCUGCCGCCCGCGCUGGCUCGCCUACGGGGGUCUCGCUGCGUCGUCUGUCAUGCAACAGCGCGAAAGCGACCUGGCUCGGCGGCGGAUUACGAGUACCGGCGCUGGGGAGCUGCUUACAACGGGCGAGCCAGCGCGGGCGCCUCUUACUCCAGGCGCUGCCGCGCAGAGCUCGAUCGUCCCAGCUCGUGCACUGCCGUCUUUGUACCUAUUCUUGCUUGCGCCCUCGUUUCCCCGUACUCCACCAAGUCAGCGUCAGCGGGGACUGGUUUGUGCGCCGUUCGCUGCCCCAGAUUCUAACAGCCUCCGUGGCGGCCAAUCAGCGCGCCGGCUUUCGAGAGCUUCUGCACGGCUUCAUACGGGCCAUAGCCAGGUGCAUGCGGCCACCUGCUGCAUCGCCUGUUACAAAAGCAGACACGAGCGAGGCUGGAACGCAGUAACGGUGCUGUCCAACGCUCUGUGCGCCGCCGCCAGCAAUCGCCCUCUGCGGCUCCACGAGUGCUUGCACCGCAUCGCACCGGAACGCUGGCCUUAGGCUCGGAACGUCCGUCCAUACCUCUCCGAGCUGAGUCCUGAGCGGCCUGUU